AUGGCACAUACGCCUACGGAAACCUGGCCAGCAGUUUUGGGAAGUACCACUGUGUCUUCACCCGAGUCCACGAUAGGCUCUACAGCUAGUAGCAGCCAGCCGGUGGAUAAAAACCCGAUACCACUCCUUCCGCCAAUCCCGGGAGGGCAGAUUCGGUAUUUACCGUCUCCUGAUGCCACAGAGUUGGACGAAACGCCAGCUCGGACUGACCUCAAAGGUGGUGAUGGAGGGGGUCCAAAAUUAACCCCUGGGUCGUGCUCGGCGAUUGACGACGGGACGCUGGACCCGGCCUUGCGAGAAUAUGUUGCAUCCCAGCGUAAAACUUCUUAUAUCUUCAACUCCCUGGCGGGCCGAGGAGCAUAUGGAGAGGCAUGGCGGGCUAUGAUGAUGGAUGGAAGCUGUCGGGAAGUUGUAUUAAAGCGUAUGUUUGUGGAGAAGGGGGAGCGUGUGAGACUAUCCGGACUGCGAGAAGUGUACUUUGGGGAGCUCCUUCAUGAUGAUGAUGCUGAGACAACAGCAAAACAUACAGCUCGAUUUUUGGGUCACUUCAUAGUAGAUAGGAAGGAAGGCGGCGGUGGGGAGGAGUUUUGGCUGGUCUUUGCUAACGAGGGAUUCUCCCUCAUACAUUGGCUAUUCCAACCGAGUGGAGGGAUCGUCACUCGGAGUCUGUUUUGGCGGACUCUUCGAUCGGAUAAUGGCAAGUUGUUGAAUAUUAUGAAACAGUUAUUGGAAGCAUUGGAUGAGAUACACUCGAAAGGCAUCACUCACAGAGAUGUUAAAUUGGAAAAUUUACUGAUGAAAAUGUCGGAGUCGGGCGAGAUGGAGGUUAAGUUGGCUGACUUUGGUAGUGCUGUGACCUCUGACGCCCUCUACUAUGGUGCAAAGGGACCGACUUCUGCUGAGGAGACGGCACGAUAUGCGCCUCCACCAGGAUCGGGUGACCAAUGCUGCAUUAGACAGCCUUCAUUCGAUAUGUGGUGUGCUGGUGUACUCUGGCUCGAGCUCUUUCUUGGUGCUAGAGGGGUCUUCGAACCGGACAAUGCUAUUGACCCGAGGCAUAGGAAUCUGUUUGAGCACCGUCUGAGAGCUGUUGGGGUACAGUCGGAGGAAGAGAUAGAUAGUGCAUUGCGGGUUGAGGCUUUCAGACUAUGGGGCAUCACUGAGCAACCUAUGGAGGGCGAUCAGGCUGAGGUAAUAAUGGCAUUACCGUAA